GACGCCUGUCACACUGAAUGGAUUCGGAAGUAGACUAUGCCUACAUUUACAAAAUGAUCAACAUGGCCGUAAAAAAGAGUAUUUUCCGAAAGCCUGAUCUGGAUGAUCCCGGUGGAGAUUUUGGUAAUUGAUUUCAAAGUGGCGGAUUCAGUGUACUUCACAGCCUGUUUAGCAAAAAGUUUACUCAACCAGAAUUGUCCUGAUUUGACCGCCGUAUUUUUGUUAGGCAAAGCAAGAUCCGAGGGUGGCACAAACAAUGUACUGGCCGAAGCAUCGACUCUUAUCACUGCGUCUGAACAUUUUGUGCAAGCCGAGGAUGAUUUAGAUCAACUUAAUGCCAUCAGUUUUGAGGACAAUAUCGAUUGCUCUACUGUGUGCCUCCUAAGAGCAGCCAGAAUAUAUGAAAGCCAAGAGCUAUUCACCUUGGCUGCGAAUGUUUUCACCUUGCUGUCAGUUACGCUUAUGCAUCGCCGCAAGUGGGGAGAAGCAUUAUUUUACCUUCAGCGCAGUGCGGAAAUUGUAUCCCGCGAUUUAUUGUGCUCCCUUACAAUACUGCGCAAAAUGAUCACUUGUCAAUUACACUUGCGUGAUUGGCCAGGUGCUCUAAACACCUGCAUUCAACUACAACUUUCGCUUGAAGAAGCCGGGGUCACCAACAACGCUUGUGCGAACGAACUUCGUUCUCAGUUCUGGACAGGUUCCGAGAUUCUACGCGUCUGUCUGAUUCUCUUGACUGUCCCUCCUCGGCGGCUCACAGAAGCACCUGAAUCCAAGUACUCUUUGAGCGCUUAUCAACUUGAUUUUUCCGGUACACCUGACCAUCUAUGUGAAGAAGUCUUUGUACACCUGCAGUCCUUAGUGCUAGCCCAUGAAGCUGGAGACGUCGUUGAGGUUGAGGCUUCCCUGAAUGCUUUGCAAUCAUUUGCGGAUCCUGACCAAAUAGAAUUGUUUUAUCCCAUUAUCAGUGAGCUUGGAGGUCCAUCCGCAGAACCCUCCUGAUGGCUGUGAACGCAGGCGUAUCAACCAUCGAUUAUUUGUGAUAUUCUCAAACUCGUGUUUUCAAUAAAUGAUCUCUUUUGACCUU